AAAGGGAAAGGAGAAGGAGAAGAGAAACCACCAUCAUCAUCGAGAUCGAGGACAUACAGGAUGGCUGGAUCCGCGCUGCGCCGCCUAAUGGCCGAAUACAAACAGUUAACACUUGACCCGCCCGAGGGCAUUGUGGCCGGCCCCAUCAGCGAGGACAACUUCUUCGAGUGGGAGGCACUGAUUGCCGGACCCGAGGGCACUUGCUUCGAGGGCGGCGUCUUUCCCGCCCGGCUCGUCUUUCCACCCGACUACCCACUGAGUCCGCCAAAAAUGAAAUUCACUUGUGAUAUGUUCCAUCCCAACAUCUUCGCCGACGGCCGGGUCUGCAUAUCAAUACUCCACGCGCCCGGCGACGAUCCCAUGGGCUAUGAGCUCUCCGCCGAGCGCUGGAGUCCCGUCCAGAGCGUCGAGAAGAUCUUGCUCAGCGUGGUCAGCAUGCUGGCGGAACCCAACGAUGAGAGCGGCGCCAAUGUGGAUGCCGCCAUCAUGUGGCGCGAGCGGAGGGACGAGUUCAACGCCAUCGCCCGACGCCUGGUGCGCAAAACCCUCGGACUGCCGCCGUAGAGGAUGAGGAUGAUCAAAAUGAACUGGACUGGAGCCACUGGACCACUGGAGCCAUGUCCGCCACCGUCGACCCCAAAAACUUUCUAUCCCGAACCCGAACACGAACACGAUUCCAAGAUUGCGCCUCACAGAAAAUGCUAACCCACAGUUCCCUAAAAUCCUCGUCGAGAUCUAAUCGACAAAGACGUUUCAAUUUAGCAAAAAUAAAGAACCUAGCAAUAAAAUCGACUGUCAAACACAAA